GUAGAGGAUUGUUGCAAACAGGGAUUAUCAUCAGGGAGGAGAGAAAGAGGGGGCUGGGAGAAUCUGGGACAGAGUGCGACACACAUGCUCACAUGCGCAAUGCCGCUGCUAUUUCCUCUGUCUCUCUCUCACUAAACGUGUCAGUAUACCCAGUCAGUCAUUUGUUUGUGUGUGUGUGUGUGUUUGGUGGCCGUGGUGGUGGUGGUGGUGGGUGUUGGGAAAAUCAAACGCAAACAAAACGACUCAGAAUCAUCCUCAUCUCUAUGACACACGCAAGGAAGCGAGCAAAAAGACCAGGAGAAGCUACAGGUUACCGUCUCUUAUAAAAAGAUCUGUUCCCUGUCCUCGGUGUGGCUGUCCUCAAUGGACUGAGCCAAGAGUCAGGCGUGGGUGUAGAAGAACAAAUCCACGUAGAAAGGCUUUGUGAUAUCCCCAGCCAACAGAAACAUGUCGUCGCCUUCUCUUCCCAUGCCUUCGCUGCCCCCUAGUCCACUGGCAAUGGAGUACCUCAAUGACUUUGACCUCCUCAAAUUUGAGGUGAAAUCAGACACUUCUCCUCUACCCCCGACUCAUUGUGCGUACCCCAAACCGGGCCUCCCCGGCGAUACCUCAGGAUCCCCCUGCCCGGGCGGCCCCGUGCCCAAGGACUCAAGCCUGAGCUCCAGCCCAUGCAACUCCCUACCCCCCUCCCCCACGCUCAGCGACGUCCACCCUCCUCCCUCCGCAGCCUCCUCUGUGUCCUCCUCGUCCUCCUCCUGCAUGUCCUUCCCCCUCUCCCUCUCCAACAGCUUCACCUCGGGUAUCAGCUCGGGCUCUCAGGGAAACGUGGAGGGAAGCCCUGGCCACGGCAGCGGGUGCCCCCAGGGGCCCGGCGGCCCUGGCCCUGCGUCCCUGGAGGACUUGAUUUGGCUGGCCGCACUGCAGCAGCAGUUUGGCAACGAGGCCACGACGGGGCCCGGCUCUCUGCUAGGGGGCCUGGGAGCGGGACCUGAGCGGGUGGACAGGGAGAGGGGAGCGGUCCCGGGGUUCCUGGGCUGCGAGGAUGCAGUGGAGGCCCUGCUGAACUCGGCUGCUGCGGCUGUAAACUCACAGUUCCCGGUCCUGUCUCAGAGCUCCAGCAGUAACCUGGGGGACUCGGGCAGUGACAGCGGAGGGGACAUGUCUUGCACAAAGGGGACAGACAUGUGCCAUCGCCCACUCGUCUUCCUCUCCUCUGGGCCGAACUCAAUGCCCAGUGCCACGGCAGGCUCGGCACCCUACCCGCAAGCGACCAGCCCUCAGGGUCGGCUUCAUCACUAUCCACACAAUCAUCCCCAUCAUCAUCAUCAACACCACCCACACCAUCCCAUGCUUGGGCACCAUCACCAUCAUCACCUCCAACUCAGUCAGUGUGGUGGGGCCGAUGAUCGCUUCUCUGACGAGCAGCUUGUGAGCUUGUCAGUGCGGGAGUUGAACCGACACCUCCGCGGCGUGAGCAAAGAUGAGGUGGUGCGGCUGAAGCAGAAGCGGCGGACACUGAAGAACCGUGGCUACGCCCAGUCCUGCCGCUACAAGCGCCUCCAGCACCGCCACGCGUUGGAGUCUGAGAAACACGUGCUCACACAACAGCUGGACCAGUUGCAGUGUGAGCUGGCCCGAGUACUCAGGGAGCGGGACGCCUACAAGGCCCGCUACGAGAAGCUGGCCGGCGCCAACCUUGCAAGUAGCGAAGCACUGAUGGCACGCAGUACCAACCCCCCCUCCCCACCCCCGGACUACUUCCUCUGAGGAGUGAGAGAGAGAGAGAGAGAAAGAGAGGGAUAGAAAGAAGGGGCGAUGGAGGACGGCUAAGAAGAAGGAGAAGGUGAGGGAGGGAGAGAAAAGAACAGCAAUGGCGACCAGCCCAGCCUGAGUGGAGCUCUUGAUGAUGAUUAAUCAGACAUGUUUGGGGAAGACAGGAGUCAGCGCCAAUGCUGCAUUCAGUCCUAAUGUACAUGUUUUGUGUGUGUGUGUGUGUGUGUGUGUUUGUGUGCGUGCGUGCGUGCGUGUGUGUGUGUGUGUGUGUGUGUGUGUGUGUGUGUGUGUGUGUGUGUGUAUGCAUGCCUCUGUGUGGUAAAGGAGGGGAGAUGAAUACAUAUAAAUGAAUAGUGAGAGAAAAGGGAGGCUGAGAGAGAGAGAGAGAGAGAGAGAGAGAGAGAGAGAGAGAGAGAGAGAGAGAGAGAGAGAGACUUAGGACUUGAACUCACAACUGUGAAAUCCAUUCCAUUGCACUUGCAAGGAUGAACUGUAUAUUCAGCCUUUAGGUUUUUUUGAGGAAUCAUUUCUGUAUAUCCCACUGACAUUGACAACAGUGAACUCUGGCCAUCUCUUCUCUGAGUGAUAACGUAGGAGUGAUGAAAGACUAUGGACUUCAGAAGGUCCAACUUGGAUCUAAACGGGAAGAAAAACCCCACAGACAAUGGCCUCUGUUUCCAUUUCAUUGACGUUUCCCAUUUUCUAGGAGUGUCUCCUAUCUCCUAUGAGUAUCUCCUAUCUCCCAGGACAUAAGACCAGCAAAUAUGAAACAUAUAAAUAAUUAUCUUUAGAACAACCUGAAACAAUCUCUGUGAAGGACUGUUUGAGUUCAGGCCAUGAAACGUAGGUGGGUUUAUAUUCCUAGCUGCUAAUGGCUAGUGUGACAGUGCUGGAUGUGAAGUGGUUGAGUCCUGGAUAUUCUGUCCAUGGCAUGUAGUUUUACUCUCCUACUUAUAUUUCACAGUUGCCAACCGAGUUGAGGCUCGACAGGACUUUUCUAGUAAUUGAUGAACGACAAAUGCAUACAUGCCCUAUUUUUGCUAUAACUGGCAUUGGAAAAUAAUCAGAAGAAAAAAAUAUUUGCAGUGUGUCUGUAAAGUCUACAAUUUUUUUUUUGAUCAGUCUUGGCCAAACUGCUGACAUUGCCAGACACACCACCAAUAUACGAAACCUAUCGUCAACAUUCAAAGCACACUGAGUACAGCGUGGUGGUCUCUUAAUAUAUAAGAGUACAUGAGCACAUGAACCCAGAGACCAGGCCAUGACAUGGGAAUUACCCGAAUAUUCUGAGAUGUCGCAUUUGCGAACAAAUGAGGUGAUGCAGUCUGGAACUUGAGCAGAAAAUCCCCCCAUUGCACUCAUCAUCAUAAUGAGAAUAAUAAUGAGAUGCAGACAUCUCAUUAUUUGAAUUGACAUUUCGGCAGGGCUUCAGGGCGUAGAAGAUGUUUCAUUUUCUAUUUGAGAAUGAAAUAGUUGAUUUGUUUUAUUUCUACUUAUUUAUUCACACUAUUUAUUCUUCGUUUAUUUAUGUUCCUAUUAUUAUUUAAUUUUACUGGUUUACAAACAAUAGAGUGUGUUUUGAACCUCCUAGCAGGUGACGAAUAUAGACAAUACGGACUGUAACAAACACAUAGCUGGGGAUGACAAUGCUGGUGUCAUGCUCCUGUUGUAGUGUGUUUUAAUAAGCUUAUGAAAUAAAGUCGAUAUUUUACCAAUGUAA